AUGAAAGACUUUCUAGCGAGGAAAGGCGACUUAAUACGAGAAAUAAAAACUUGUGGAAAAAGCUUCAGGGUCAAGCACAAAAAGGCAAUUUUGGGCAGUAUCUUUGAUCUACCGCCAAAAAUGCUGAAAACUGAGAACGCAAGCUUGAUCGCUGCCAAUGAAGAACUACUAGUUGCAAGAUCAAAAACAGAUGAAGCAGAGGCUGCAUUGACUGAAAUCAAGGAAGAUUUAGAUGAAUCAAAGAAGGAGAAAACAGAGAUUCAAGAAAAGUUGAACACUGAAAGAAAAAAGAAUUCUGAUCUUCAAAGCGAAAUCGAACAGUGUAGAAGUAACGACGAAAUUUUGAGGGAUGAGAUCAAGGAGGAGAAGGCGCGAUGCUCCCGAAUUACUCAGGAUUUGAAAAAUGAUCUCGAGCAAAGAAAAAACGAAACAGAAAUGCUCAAAGAACAAUUAUCGAAUCAUGAAAAAAAAAAUUCAAGAUCUCCAGCUCGAAAGCGAAAACUGCUUUGGACAAGAUGCGAUUUCUCGGAAAAUCAAGAUCCAGGAUGGUAUUCCUCGGAGUAUAAAUUCAAAAUUUCAACAAUAAGUGGCUGUGAAAUCAUCGAGCUAGAUGCCAAACUUCGAUUUGGUUAUAGCACGGAAUCUUCUGUCGUCACGGUGGCGGAUCAACAAUCAGCAAUAAUUUGUUUUUCAAAUGAUGAAGCCUGGAAACAAUGCGAAGAAUUUGACGGAAGAGAUGUUUCAUUAAAACCGGCGACGAAGUACCCUCACUGGAAUUCAUGCCAAUACACUCUCACUCCUGCAUCGGUGUUUACGACGGAUAUCUUGUCCUGGGAGGUCGAUACGAAAAGGAAUAUCGAGAAGACUGGUAUUAUUCCUCGUCACUAG